AUGGCCCCCAAGAAGCUCAAUGUUGCCAUCUCCGGCCUCGGCCGCAUGGGCGCUCGCCACGCCAUCAACUUCUUCACCCGCACUCCCCGCGCCGAAGUCGUAGCAGCCUUCACUCCCGAGCCGAAGGAAGCCGAGUGGGCUGCGAAGAACCUGCCCGACGUCAAGAUCUAUGACAACUACGAUGAGAUGCUGAAGCAUCCCGGCCUUGAGGCCGUUGUCAUUGCCACCAUCACUACUGUGCACGCCGAGCAAGCCAUCAAGGCCAUCCAGGCUGACAAGCACGUGCUCUGCGAGAAGCCGCUCUCCACAAGCAUCGAAGUGUCUCAAUCCGUUGUUGAUGCCGCCGCCAAAAAGCCGCACCUGAAGGUUCUCUGCGGUUUCUCCCGCCGCUUCGACGCAAGCUACCGUGACGCUUUCAACCGCAUGAAGACCGGAGGCAUUGGCAAGCCUGCCGUUUUCCGCAGCCAGACCUGCGAUAAGCUCGACCCCUCCGGCUUCUUCGUCGAGUACGCUCAAUUCUCUGGCGGCAUCUUCGUCGACUGCAACAUCCACGACAUUGACCUUGCGCUGUGGUACUUUGGCCAGGAUUCCAAGGUCAAGUCCGUCGUUGCCAUGGGUAUCACCGCCGUCUCCCCUGAACUGGCCAAGUAUGGCGAUGUCGACAACGGUCUUGGUAUCGUCGAGUUCUACGACAGCAAGAUCGCCACCUUCUACUCCUCGCGCAUCAUGGCUGCUGGUCAGCACGACAUGUCCGAGAUCAUCGGCACUGAGGGCAAGAUCGUCGUAAACGGCAACCCCCAGGCCUCGCUCGUGGAGAUGCACGAGCCCAACGGUGUCCGCCGCGAGCUCCCCCAGCACUACUACGGCCGUUUCGAGUACGCCUUCGUCCAAGAGGCCAACGAGUUCACUGCCGCUUGCCUCGACAACACCGAGCUGCCCUUCAAGAUCGAGGGCGCCGUCCAGGCCGUUCGCAUUGGCUGCGCUCUCCAGGAGAGUGUGCGCUCCGGCAAGAAGAUCUUCUUCGACGAGCAGGGCAACCGCACCGAGUAG